AGGACGGCCCGGCGGCGUGGGGCCUCCCGGUUUGGCAAGUCCCAGGAAGGGAGGGAGGAAGGAAGGAAGGAAGAGAAGGCAAAGCAGCAGAUCCUCUUCCUCCUGCUCCGUGUGGUGUUCCGCUUCGGGGCCAUGGCGCGGGUGCUGAUCGUGGGCGCCGGCUUGACGGGCAGCGUCUGCGCGGCGCUUCUACGGGCGGAGUUCCCCCCGGAGCGCCUCUCGCGGAUCGCGCUCUGGGACAAGGCCAGGGGCGCAGGGGGAAGAAUGGCCACGAGCCGCGGAGAGCGGGAUCCCCGAUGCACCGCCGACCUGGGCGCCCAGUACCUCACUCUUGGCGACCCCAAGCACCGCAGCUUUUAUGAAGAUCUGUUAACCCAUGGAAUACUGAAGCCAUUGACUGCUCUGGUAGAAGGAAUGGUGAUGAAAAAGGGAACCGAGAAUUUUGUUACACCUCAGGGAAUUUCGUCAAUUGUGAAGCACUAUUUAAAGAAGUCAGCAGGUGCAGAUAUCUUCUAUGAUCACCAAGUUACUCAGCUCUACCUCCGGGAUGGGAAAUGGGAAGUCUGCGUUAAUACUGGCUCUUCAGUCCAGUUUGAUGUGGUUAUUCUUACAAUGCCCGUUCCACAAAUUCUUCAGCUUCAGGGAGACAUUGGGAAUUUAAUUAACAAAAGUCAAAGGCAACAACUGGAAUCUGUGAGCUACUCCUCCCGCUAUGCUCUGGGUCUUUUUUAUGAAGCUGGCACACAGAUUGAUGUCCCUUGGGCAGCACAGUACAUCUCCAAUAAUCCCUGCAUACGCUUCAUCUCCAUCGAUAAUAAGAAGCGCAAUAUAGGUUCUGCAUUCACAAAUUCAACUAACCAAGUAACCAUGGCUCAAAAGAAAAUCAGAAAAAAAAUCAAAACGCAAACCUUAAUUUCUCUGGGCACCAAGUACUACACUGAUGUACAUACCCUGCUGUAUGGUUUCCUGCCAUUUCAAAGAUUCUCAGACUCUCUCCAAUACUUAUUUGAGUUGUUUACAAUUUUAUAUGGCCGUUUACUGUGUCACUAUAUAUAAUGAGACUUGACCAUCUACAGAUGCUGGUAUCCAUAGGGGACCUUGGAAGCAAAACCCAGCGGGUACUGGGAACCCAUUGUAUCUCUCCAUUGCUGUCUAUAUGUGUUGUACCAGAAUUAGCUAAGAAACAUAACAAUUGUUUUCAGGACCUCGGGUUUAACAUAGAUCAAGUAAAGGAAAGAGAAGUGCUAGCAAUAAAAGAACAUCAUCCUAAUGCUAAUGUAAUAUUGCUAAAGUAUUUUGACUACAAAUUCUGAAUAAUAAUUUAAAAAGACUCGGUGGAAAUUGGUGAAAAUCAACAUCUGAAACAUUGCCUGAGUCUAGAUGUAACAUGUGACCAAUGGGAGGGGGAGGAGGAAGAACCCAAGCGAGGGCCCUUCUACACAUGCCCUAAAACCCAGAAUAAACCAGGAUGAAAGGGGAGUGGCUAAAUUAUGUUUUGUAAAAAUGCACGCUGAUUCGGGUUAACAGCUUAAAAGCAUGUGUUAAAAAGGUGUGCUUAAAUCCCGAUUCUGUGCAGAAAAAAAUGUGCAUAUUCACAUAACUGUAUAUCCCUGCAGUCAUAGAAAACAUGCAACUUUGUUUAUAUACCCUGACAUGGACUGCUGCAGCAUGUUCAUGUUUUAAAGUCCUGAAACAGCUGAUCGAGGCUGUCAAAAAAUGGAACCAUAGACACACAGGUGGCUAUAGGGAAGCACAAUUGGGAAGCAAUUACAAUGAGGACUCUCUGCAGCCAUUCCUUUCUUCUGAUGUUUAUGAUAUUAAAUGGAGCUUGAAUUUAAAGUUUGGUGAGGAGAGAGGAUAAGAAAUCUGCUUGUAUGUACAUUUAGAAAUCUGUAUGAGCACAUAUAAAGUCCAGCACAUCUCACAGAGAUUUUUUUUAAAGUAAACUUCUGCUGGAUGUCUCCCAUCCAUGUUGAGGAUUUCUAAAAUCUGCUAUGAGGGAAAGUGUCAGUACGGCAGGGGAGCAUUUACUGGGACUGACAGCUCCAUGUUUAGUCCUGCAAUUUUUCCCCCACUUACUUAAUCCACAUUUUGAUGCUGUAUGGAAGCACCCGGAGAGAGGAAGAAAGGAAAUCUGGAAUAUUUCAAGAAAGAGUUUGGUUUCAAAGAGAGGGCCAUACAAGCAAAAUCAGAAUGAAAAGAACUGAAAAGUCUACUGAUGAGUUUACUGUAACUGCUAUGGCAAAUUCUCCUGGAAUAUAUCCUCACAUCUGGAA